CUGCAUCAGUGGGACGGAGGCUUGUGGCAGCUCACACGCCACCUUCUUCUCUCCAGGAGUCUUAUCCAGCUGUUCCCCCGAUAUGGUCUGUGGAGUCAGACGAUCCGAACCUGGCAGCUAUCCUGGAGAGGCUGGUGGAAGUCAGGAAAGGAAAUACACUGCUUUUGCAGCACCUGAAGCGAAUAAUCUCUGACCUGUGCAAACUCUACAACCUCCCCCAACAUCCAGAUGUUGAAAUGCUGGACCAGCCUCUGCCAGCAGAACAGAGCACGCACGAAGAGGUGUCCUCUGAAGAAGAAGAUGAAGAGAUGCCAGAGGACACUGAGGACUUGGACCACUAUGAGAUGAAAGAGGAAGAGCCAGCAGACGGGAAGAAGACGGAGGAUGAAGGAAUUGGGAAGGAAAACCUGGCCAUUUUAGAGAAAAUAAAAAAGAACCAGAGGCAAGAUUACUUAAAUGGUGCAGUGUCUGGGUCUGUGCAGGCCACUGACCGGCUAAUGAAGGAGCUCAGGGAUAUUUACCGAUCACCAAGUUUCAAGGGCGGAUACUAUGCAGUUGAACUAGUGAAUGACAGCCUGUACGAUUGGAACGUCAAACUCCUGAAGGUUGACGAGGAUAGCGCUUUGCACAAUGACCUCCAGAUCCUCAAAGAGAAAGAAGGAACUGAUUUCAUCCUCCUAAACUUCUCCUUUAAAGAUAACUUUCCUUUUGAUCCACCAUUUGUAAGGGUUGUGUCCCCGGUGCUGUCAGGGGGGUAUGUUCUGGGUGGCGGUGCCAUCUGCAUGGAGCUACUUACAAAACAGGGCUGGAGCAGUGCGUACUCCAUUGAGUCAGUGAUUAUGCAGAUCAGCGCAACUCUGGUGAAAGGGAAAGCGCGAGUACAGUUUGGAGCCAACAAGAAUCAGUACAGCCUGACGAGAGCACAGCAGUCCUACAAGUCCCUGGUUCAGAUCCAUGAGAAGAACGGCUGGUACACACCACCCAAGGAGGAUGGUUAGCACAGACGGAUGCUGCAGGACCAGUCUGAUUAUCUUCUGGAUGCUCUACUUGGAUCUUUGAUGCCUCUUGGCUUUCCUCCAGGAUGUAAUAGCUCUGCCUGUUGCAGGACAGUAAUGGCUGUUAAAAACUCUAAAUAAAACUGUUUAAGCAGUUGGACUGACGUAAAACACUUGCUGGACCCUUGCUAGCAGGCAUUCUUGUUAAAACAAACUUUUGAGCCUCUUGUAUCGCUGGAAACUUUCAACUCUACUCCAGUCUAGAGCGUCCUCCUUACCUAUGCUAUGGAUUUAAUUUAUUUUCUUAUUUCAUGUACACUGCUUUUUUUUGUUACAGUGUAUGAUGGAUGUGUAUGGAAAAUGUAUCUUUCAAGAAAAAUUACAGUUUGUUAAUUUGAA